UGAAGCCCAGCUCGCUCUCGGUUGGAGUGCCAAAAGUCCACCACCUCCGAUUGCCGACCCAAACCAAACUCUCGGUAGCGCACGCCACCACCUGAGAGGCGCGAUGAACUCAUCGUCCCUCCUCCUCGGAACCUUGAGUCUUCCCGGUCGAGUGGUUUCAACGGGACCAGAACCUUCCCCCUUUCUGCACAUUGUGUCUCACGGGAGAACUCGUGCCUUACACCCCUGGGUCCCGCUGGUCCAGGGGUGCACACCUUGGCUAGCUCGGAUACCACGCUUCUCUUCAAGCUAUCGUCCUCAUCUCCUCGUCUUCAUAUAAGUCGCUCUUCGUUUCCCUCCGUCUGGUACGUUCCAUCUGCAAGAUACACUCAAGCGAACAACACCAAGCACCGCAAAACGAAGCCUAACCGCUAGUCCCGGAGACAUUAG